AUGGCGCAGAAUUAUGUAGAUUUAGCAUCAUGGAGGCUAUACUUCGAUGGAUCAAGGCAUAAGCAUGGAGCUGGGAUAGGUGGAGUCAUAGUUUCUCCAAAUGGAAUUCCAGCAAAGUUCAAAUACAAGAUCGAAGGGAUAUGCACCAAUAAUGAACCAGAAUACGAGUCAUUGAUCACCGGACUUGAAUUACUGCUGGAAUUGGGGUCAAGGAAUGUCGAAAUUAUGGGAGAUUCGGAGUUAGUGAUUAAACAAGCUGCGACAAAUGUAAACCAAGAAACUGUGAUAGAUUUUGUCCAGAGUUACAUCAUUUGCAGAUUUUCCAUCCCAGAAACUAUUACAACCGACCAGGGGUCGAUUUUCACUAGUCGAAAAGUGCAAGAAUUUGCAAAAAAACCGAGGAAUUGGCACAAGACGUUAGACCAAGCCUUGUGGGCAUGUCGAACGUCACCAAUAGAAGCAACUGGAACAACCCCAUUUCGACUGACUUAUGGGCAUGACGCAGUAUUGCCUGUAGAAAUUCAGGUCCAGGCGGUCAGGACCCAAAGGCAGUGUGAAAUACCUUCUGAAGAUUACUGGAGCAUGAUGACAGACGAAUUAGUCGACGUAGACGAAGAAAGAAUGCUAGCAAUAGACUCUCUGCAAAGGCAAAAAGAGAAAGUCGCCCGAGCCUACAACAAAAGGGUGAAAGGGAAAGUGUUUGUUGUCGACGAUUUGGUUUGGAGUGUGAUCUUGCCUAUGGACAGAAAUGAUAAAAUGUUGGGUAAGUGGUCCCCAAAUUGGGAAGGACCGUUUAAGGUUGUGCAGGCUUUUUCUAAUAAUGCCUACGAGGUCGAAGAGUUGGCACCAGACAGGCGAAUUUUAAGAGUGAAUGGAAAAUACUUGAAAAAAUAUAGGCCUCUCCUUCAAGAGGUCAGAAUUUUAGCAGAUUAA